AUGGCUUCGGACGCAGCAAAGCCCGUCAAGCGAUCGUCGCCCGUCAAGAACGGGUACCUGAUCCUCUACAAUGCCGUCUCCACCAUCCUCUGGGCCACUGUGCUCGGGCGGACUGUCGGCACCAACAUUAUCAGGGGCCCGGCCUUCGUCUACCUCUCCACGGGCAACUUUGUGCUUUGGACGCAGACGCUGAUGAUCUUGGACGUCUUGCACGGGCUAUUCGGCAUCGUACGCUCCGACCCCGUCACGGCCGCCCUCCAGGUCGGCUCGCGCUACGUCGCCGUCUGGGCCGUCCAGUACCCGUUCCCGGCCCUCUGCUCCUCGCCCAUCUACUCGUCCAUGCUGUUCGCCUGGUCGCUGACCGAGGUCAUCCGUUACGGGUACCUGGCUGUCAAGCUCAUGGGAUGGGAGCCAUACCCAUUCUUCUGGGUGCGCUACAGCUCGUACCGCAUCCUGUACCCCAUCGGCAUUCUGAGCGAGAUGGGCAUGAUGUACCUCGCCCUGGUACCGGCGGCGCAGAAGUUUGGGCAGCUGUACCAGCUGUUCCUCAUGGCUUGCUUGUUCAUCAUCUGGCCCGCCGGCGCAUAUAUCCUAAUUGGCCACAUGAACCGACAGAGGAGAAAAGUCCUGAAGGCUGCGAAGGCGCAGGACACGAAGGCUACACAGUAG